CUAGAAGAAAAUAUUCAAGGAUAUGGGAGAGAGCAUAUGAUAUUUUACAAGGUGCCACCAGUCUUUCUCAAUAAAAUAUCACCUGUGAAAAAACAUGGAGGCCAGAAAGGGCUGGUGAGGGAGAAGUAUGACAAGGAAGGCUGGCAAGAGUAAACGCUUGGUGAAUUCAACCCAAGGGAAAAUACAGAGAGAGAACAUAAAGUUGAAACCAGGGACAAAGCUUUCCUGCUUCUCCCACCUCAAGGUUGACCUUCCGCCCCCAAGCCCACCUCUGGACCUUCUCCGACCACGUGACCCUCUUCAGCCCCCGUGACUCGCCGCCGCCAACCCCUCCCCUCCGGCCGCAGCUCGCCUUAUACCGCCUCUCAAGCCCACGUGACCCCCUCUCUCCCACCUGACUGGCUCCUCCCUUUCCCCCGAGCCGGACCCGGCCGCCGUCGCAGCGGCCCGACUCCAAAAUGGCAGCCGCGCACAGCGCGCACCCGAGCGGCCGGACCUCCCUGACUCCCGGGCCCCCCGGCUCUCGCUCCCUGCCUCCCUCCUUCGGCCUUCACCUACACGCCUUCGGAUUGGCCGUUAGGAAUCCCGCCCCUCCAGAGCCCCGACUGCUAUUGGUCACGGUAGGCUGCCCUUCAGAGAGGCGUGCCCCCGCCGCCCCCCGCCCCGGGAGGUCUUAUAAUCAAUGGAUAAAGUGGGGAAAAUGUGGAAUAACUUCAAAUACAGGUGUCAGAAUCUCUUCAGUCAUGAGGGAGGAAGCCGUAGUGAAAAUGUGGAUAUGAACUCAAACAGAUGUUUGUCUGUCAAAGACAAAAACAUCAGUAUAGGAGACUCAGCUCCUCAGCAACAAAGCAGCCCCUUAAGAGAAAAUGUUGCCUUACAACUGGGGUUAAGCCCUUCAAAGAAUUCUUCAAGGAGAAACCAAAACUGUGCCACUGAAAUUCCUCAGAUUGUUGAAAUAAGCAUUGAAAAGGAUAAUGACUCAUGUGUCACCCCAGGAACAAGACUUGCCAGAAGAGAUUCCUACUCUCGACAUGCUCCUUGGGGUGGGAAGAAGAAACAUUCCUGUUCUACAAAGACACAGAGUUCACUGGAUACUGAUAAAAAGUUUGGUAGAACUCGAAGUGGACUUCAAAGGAGAGAGAGGCGAUAUGGUGUAAGCUCUGUGCACGACAUGGACAGCGUUUCCAGCAGAGCCGUAGGAAGUCGCUCUCUGAGACAGAGGUUGCAGGAUACUGUGGGCUUGUGUUUUCCCAUGAGAACUUACAACAAGCAGUCAAAGCCCCUCUUUUCUAAUAAAAGAAAAAUACACCUUUCUGAAUUAAUGCUUGAGAAAUGCCCUUUUCCUGCUGGCUCGGAUUUGGCCCAAAAAUGGCAUUUGAUUAAACAGCAUACAGCUCCUGUGAGCCCACAUUCAACAUUUUUUGAUACAUUUGAUCCAUCCUUGGUUUCUACAGAAGAUGAAGAAGAUAGGCUUCGAGAGAGAAGGCGGCUUAGUAUUGAAGAAGGGGUUGACCCCCCUCCCAACGCACAAAUACAUACAUUUGAAGCCACUGCACAGGUUAACCCGUUAUAUAAACUGGGACCAAAGUUAGCUCCUGGAAUGACUGAAAUAAAUGGGGACAGUUCUGCAAUUCCACAAGCUAAUUGUGACUCUGAAGAGGACACAACCACGCUGUGUUUGCAGUCACGGAGGCAGAAGCAACGUCAGGUAUCUGGAGACAGCCACGCCCACGUUAGCAGACAGGGAGCUUGGAAAGUCCAUACACAGAUUGAUUACAUACACUGCCUCGUGCCGGAUUUGCUUCAGAUCACAGGUAAUCCCUGUUACUGGGGAGUGAUGGACCGUUACGAAGCAGAAGCCCUUCUGGAAGGGAAACCUGAAGGUACAUUUUUGCUCAGGGACUCUGCACAGGAGGACUACCUCUUCUCUGUGAGCUUCCGUCGCUACAACAGAUCCCUGCAUGCCCGAAUUGAACAGUGGAAUCACAACUUUAGUUUUGACGCUCACGACCCGUGUGUGUUUCACUCCUCCACUGUAACAGGACUUUUGGAACAUUACAAAGACCCCAGUUCUUGCAUGUUUUUUGAACCAUUGCUUACGAUAUCACUAAAUAGGACUUUCCCUUUUAGCCUGCAGUACAUCUGCCGUGCAGUCAUCUGCAGAUGCACUACGUAUGAUGGAAUUGAUGGGCUCCCUUUACCAUCAAUGUUACAGGAUUUUUUAAAAGAGUAUCAUUAUAAACAAAAAGUUAGAGUUCGCUGGCUAGAACGAGAACCAGUCAAGGCAAAGUAAACCCUCCUGUCCCCAAAGGGCAUUAACUAGAUCUGCUUCUAUGUGCAUCGGGCAGUACACCUCUAGCAAGCACACAUAUCAGUGUUAGGUUUUUUCAGUACAGUAUGUAAGCUUAGUGUUAGUAUUUGUCAGGUGCAAUCUGCUGUUACUUACUCAGAUAAACGUGGUGCCUAUUGAGACAACAGAGGAUACAGCUACAGGUGUUCAGUAAGGCUACAGAAACAUUCUGCCGAUUUAGCUGACAGUUUCGUUUUUAAUGGCUGUAGUUAACUGAGUGAAGCAACUCUGGGGCAUUUGCUAUGAAGAAUUCUAUUUCUUACUGAAGAACAAAUUAUUAAUAUUGGAUGAGUAUUUCAACAGUGUGACUAAUGUUUGAAAUUAUUAUUUUUUCUAAGAAUUUUUCUAUAACCUUCCAAAAGUAGUGAUGUUUGUAGUUACUAUAAAUCAAGCUUUGGAAGUCCAAAAAAUAAAGACUGCCUUCCUUUUAGAAAAAAAAUGCAAUUUUCUGGCCACAAGGGCAUAGUGCAGUUCACUUAAGUGUUGAUAUAGUUUAUAGUCAGUCUCCUUUUCUCUUCUGCAAAAGGUAGUUAAGUAAACCAGGUUUUCUAAGUAGUAGUUCUUAAAAUUUCAGACUUAUGAAAAGUUGGUAGUAGAAUUUAAGGCCUUAAGUAUUCAUUUUUUAAUGAGUGCUUUAACAUAAAACAUUGGGAAUAGCUGCUGCAAAGUAGGCCUGCGUGUGAUUCUUUUAAGUUGACAUGUGCAGUCAAAUCGCUGAUUCAUUAAAGUUGGAUCUUUUUCUAGGCCCGUGAUGAGUUUGUGAACCAUGAAGAAAAUGAGACUAAAAGAUACCCAAACAAGUCAGAUAAUCCUACAGUGGUUGCUAAUUGUUGAGAUUAUUGUUAAACUGUAAUUCAUAAUUUAGAUGGCAGUAUUUAUCUCUUUGUUGUAAACUCUCAUAGCUGAAUUGCUUAAGUACAAGUUAUAGAAUUUCAGUGCACUUAAUUUUUAAUGGAAAAUCUUAAACCUAAAUUGCUGAUUUAAAAGGUACUGUACAACCAUUGUAUCUGUAAAUAACUUUACUUAGCACCUUUUUGUCACUUAGAAUAGUAUGCAAUACUACUUGAGUGAGCUAUUUUGGAAGUAAUACCAAGUUCUAGUGUUUGCUUCUUAGUAUUGGACUGAAUUUACAGUUCCGUCCUGGACAUUUUGCACUAAAGUAGUCGAAUCCAUUCUUCUGUCUUUUUGUUAACGUGCUCUGUACCACUGGUGAGUGCUUAGUUUCCUUACCUGCUGCUACAGAAAGUUCUUUUACAUCCCAGUGGCUAUCGCCAAGGCCACAAAAAAGAAAAGCUAUAUUUGUAUGCAACACUAACCCUCUGACUGCUAAUGUAUGUUUCUGCUUGCUGUGCCUUGUUACGGCUGCUUUUUUGUGCUAAUAAAGUACGUUUGGUGUUCUCCUUGUA